AUAAAACCGAGAUCAGAUUUAAUAGAAAAUUGAGUUUUGCCUCUUUUUCUCCACUAAUCUCUUCCCUCUUCUAUCCAGUUUAAUAUUGCAGAACCUUUGAUUGAUUCUAACAAGCAGUCUAUAUAUACCUAUCAAUCCACAUUCAAACCAAAGAUCGAUCCUUUGGAGCAGUUCUUACUCACAGGGAGUAAGCGAGAGAUGGCCAAAUCUUCACUGCUGCUUAUGACGAUACUGCUACUUGUAGCUCUCAUGAAUCUCUAUCUUGCAAGCUCACACCGUCAACUGGCUAGUUGCCAUCCCAGCGGACACCUACCGGGCAAGCCCGGCCAUUGCGACCCGGGCUACAGCUCUGACUGCUGCAAGGCCGGCGAGUCGUACCCGCAGUACCGCUGUUCGCCACCCAUCACCGGACACACCCAUGCGAAGCUGACCGUCAACUGCUUCGAGGAGAACUGCGACGGAGGUGGCCCGUCGGAGUGCGACAAUAGUUACCACAGUGACAAGGAGAUGGUGGUCGCGCUGUCCACCGGGUGGUACGCCGGUGGAAGCCGCUGCCAUCAGAUGAUUAGGAUCCACGCUAAUGGGAGGUCUGUUCUUGCCAAGGUGGUGGACGAGUGCGACUCGGUGAAUGGAUGUGAUGACGAGCAUGACUUCCAGCCUCCUUGCCCGAACAACAUUGUGGAUGCUUCCCCUGCCGUGUGGAAAGCGUUGGGGAUCUCCACAGACGUGGGACUCUAUCCGGUCACCUGGUCUGAUGCGUGAGCAAGCAGUAGUCUACUCGCUCUAUAUAAGUAAGCGUAUUAUCAAUCAGGCACGUACGUGACUUUGGACAUCUGUGUGUUCGACCUUUAAAUAAUCAAAACUAUAAGUUUAAGGCUAAAAUGUCAUCCUCCGACA